GGGCCAUAAACCAUAGAAGGCUGCCCCUUCUCCUCCUCCUUGCAUACUCUCUCUAUUUCUCUCUCUCAGCCAAACACACACUCUCCUACAAAAACCUUUCACACGAUCUCCAUCGAUCUCUGCUGGUGUCUCCAUCAUCGCUUUCGUCUCUCUCUAUCAACAAGCCUCUCUUGCUUUAUCCGGCGGCUGCUUCGUUCCUCGAUCUAGGUUACUCUCUGGAUUGAAACUGAGCUUAUUUGGCUGUUGUUUUGGUGUGAGCGUAUGCCUGGGAACAAGUACAACCUCAGCUCUUCUCACAUCCCACUCUCUCGGACAGAACGGCUCUUGAGAGAAAGAGAGCUCAGAGAGAAGAGGAGGAGCAACCGUGCACUCAAUCCUAAUGACUGUUCUGAAAACUCUGAGAACGACCUGCAGCGUUUAGAAGGUGACAGCUCGAGGCAGCAAUAUGUUGAGCAGUACCUGGAAGGUGCUGCUGCUGCUAUGGCUCACGAUGAUGUCUGUGAGAGGCAAGAAGUGAGGCCUUACAACAGGCAACGGCUACUUGUAGUUGCUAACAGGCUCCCGGUUUCUGCUGUGAGAAGAGGUGAAGAUUCAUGGUCUUUAGAGAUCAGUGCUGGUGGUCUAGUUAGUGCUCUCUUAGGUGUAAAGGAGUUUGAAGCCAGAUGGAUUGGUUGGGCUGGUGUUAAUGUCCCUGAUGAGGUUGGUCAAAAGGCACUUACCAAAGCUUUAGCUGAGAAGAGGUGUAUACCUGUGUUUCUUGAUGAAGAGAUUGUGCAUCAGUACUACAAUGGUUACUGCAACAACAUUCUGUGGCCUCUGUUUCAUUACCUUGGACUUCCACAAGAAGACCGUCUCGCCACAACAAGAAGCUUUCAGUCUCAGUUUACUGCAUACAAGAAAGCAAAUCAAAUGUUUGCUGAUGUUGUGAAUGAGCACUAUGAAGAAGGAGAUGUUGUCUGGUGCCAUGAUUAUCAUCUCAUGUUCCUUCCCAAGUGUCUCAAGGAGUACAACAGCAAGAUGAAAGUAGGAUGGUUUCUCCACACACCGUUUCCUUCUUCUGAGAUACACAGGACGCUUCCUUCAAGAUCAGAGCUGCUUAGAUCAGUUCUUGCUGCUGAUUUAGUAGGUUUCCAUACAUAUGACUAUGCAAGACACUUUGUGAGUGCGUGCACACGUAUUCUUGGACUUGAAGGAACACCUGAGGGUGUUGAGGAUCAAGGCAGGCUCACUCGAGUAGCAGCUUUUCCAAUAGGCAUAGACUCUGAGCGGUUUAUAAGAGCACUUGAAGUCCCUGACGUGAUACAACACAUGAAGGAGUUGAAAGAACGCUUUGCUGGCAGAAAGGUGAUGUUAGGUGUUGAUCGGCUUGAUAUGAUCAAAGGGAUUCCACAAAAGAUUCUUGCAUUUGAAAAAUUUCUCGAGGAAAAUGCUAGCUGGCGUGACAAAGUUGUGCUGCUGCAAAUUGCAGUGCCAACAAGAACAGAUGUCUCUGAGUAUCAAAAACUCACAAGCCAAGUUCAUGAGAUUGUUGGACGCAUUAAUGGUCGUUUUGGGACACUGACUCAAGUUCCAAUACAUCACCUGGAUCGUUCUCUGGACUUUUAUGCUCUAUGUGCACUUUAUGCAGUCACAGAUGUUGCACUAGUCACAUCUUUGAGAGAUGGGAUGAACCUUGUCAGCUACGAGUUUGUUGCUUGCCAAGAGGCUAAAAAGGGAGUCCUCAUUCUCAGUGAAUUUGCAGGUGCUGCACAGUCUCUAGGUGCUGGAGCCAUUCUUGUGAAUCCUUGGAACAUUACGGAAGUUGCUGCCUCCAUUGGACAGGCUCUGAACAUGUCACCUGAAGAGAGAGAGAAAAGACAUAGGCAUAACUUCCAUCAUGUCAAAACUCACACCGCUCAAGAAUGGGCUGAAACUUUUGUGAGUGAACUAAAUGAUACUGUAAUUGAGGCUCAGCUAAGAAUCAGCAAAGUCCCACCUGAGCUUCCACAGGAUGAUGCUAUCCGACGGUAUUCAAAGUCUAACAACAGGCUACUGAUCCUGGGGUUCAAUGCAACACUGACUGAACCAGUGGAUAACCAAGGGAGAAGAGGUGAUCAGAUAAAGGAGAUGGAUCUUAACUUACACCCAGAGCUAAAAGGACCUUUAAAGGCAUUAUGCAGUGAUCCAAGUACAACUAUAGUUGUCCUAAGCGGAAGCAGCAGAAGCGUGUUGGACAAAAACUUCGGAGAGUAUGAUAUGUGGUUGGCAGCAGAAAAUGGGAUGUUCCUAAGGCUUACAAAUGGAGAGUGGAUGACUACAAUGCCAGAACACUUGAACAUGGAAUGGGUUGAUAGCGUUAAGCAUGUUUUCAAGUACUUCACUGAGAGAACACCAAGGUCACACUUUGAAACACGUGACACUUCUCUUAUAUGGAACUACAAAUAUGCAGAUGUUGAGUUCGGGAGACUUCAAGCAAGAGACCUGUUACAACACUUAUGGACAGGUCCAAUCUCUAACGCAUCAGUUGAUGUCGUCCAAGGAAGCCGCUCUGUCGAGGUCCGUGCAGUUGGUGUGACCAAGGGAGCUGCGAUAGAUCGGAUUCUAGGAGAGAUAGUGCAUAGCAAGUCCAUGACCACACCGAUUGAUUACGUCUUGUGCAUUGGUCAUUUCCUGGGGAAGGACGAAGAUGUCUACACUUUCUUUGAACCGGAACUCCCAUCAGACAUCAUCCCAGCCAUCGCACGGUCCAGACCAUCAUCUGAUAGUGGUACAACCAAAUCAUCAUCAGGAGGAGGAGGAGACAGAAGACCGCCUUCAAAGUCAACACACAACAACAACAACAACAACAACAAAAGCAGUUCAAAAUCUUCAUCCUCUCACUCUAACAACCACCACAACAACAAGGCCUCUUCACAGAGAUCUCUGCAGACAGCAACAACAACAGAGAGAAAAAGUGGAGGAUCAUCAUCCAACAACCAUAGCUUAGGGAACUCAAGACGUCCUUCACCAGAGAAGAUCUCUUGGAACGUGCUUGACCUCAAAGGAGAGAACUACUUCUCUUGUGCAGUUGGUCGUACACGCACCAGUGCUAGAUAUCUCCUUGGCUCGCCUGAUGAUGUUGUUUGCUUCUUAGAGAAGCUCGCCGACACAUCACUUCCCUAACUCAUCUUAGAACCAACCCUAGACUGUCUGCACUGCUCAGAGUGUUCUUGUAACCCCCCCAAUAAAUGAUUUGUUUUGUAACAAGUAACCAUUACAUUACUCUUUUUAGUGGUUUUUUAUUCUAA